AUGGCCACCACCACCCUGGGCUACUCUGAUGCCCGCGCCAGUCAUGGUGACCGCGACAGCGCCGACGAGUCGACUGCCGACCUGCACAAGGAGAUCCAAGUGACGUGGAAGGGCCGAAUCUGGGACACGUUCGACCUGCCACCCAAGGAACGCAAGCUCCUCUUCAAGGUCGACGCGCUCAUCCUCACGUUCGCCGCGCUGGGCUACUUCCUCAAGAACCUUGACCAGACCAACGUGAACAACGCAUUCUUGUCUGGGAUGAAAGAGGACCUUGGCAUGUUCGGAAACCAGCUCGUGACGUCGACUUCGAUCUGGACGGUCGGCUAUGUGAUCGGCCAAAUUCCGUCCAACCUGCUCCUGACCCGUGUGUCGCCACGGUUCGUUAUCCCGUCGCUGGAACUCGGCUGGGGCAUCUUCACGCUCGCGUCGUACUCGGUCAAGAGCUACAAGGCGCUUUAUGCCAUCCGCUUCUUUGUCGGGCUGUUCGAGUCUGGCUUCUACCCCGGUAUCCACUAUCUUCUCGGCGGCUGGUACACCCCUCGUGAGAUUGGCAAGCGCGCCAUGAUCUUCUGGCUCGCCGGGUCCAUCGGACAAAUGUUCUCGGGCUUCCUCCAGGCGGCGGCAUACACCAACCUUAACGGGCGCCACGGGCUCGCUGGCUGGCGCUGGCUGUUCAUCAUUGACGCCAUCAUCACCAUCCCCAUCGCCAUCUUUGGUUUCUUCUUCCUGCCCGGCCUGCCACUCCAGGACAAGAAGGAGUGGUGGCUCACCGAGGAGGAGAACCAGCUCGCCAUCGACCGCCUCCGCCGCGUCGGUCGCAAGGGCCGCACCCCAUGGACCAAGGAGCGCGUCAAGACCCUCCUGACCGGCUGGCACUUCUACGUCCUGCCGCUCCUCUACGUCAUCUGGAACAACGGCUACCCGCAGGCCGCGAUGGGCUUCUACCUCAAGAGCUUCAACUCCAAGCCCCCUCCCGUCCCCGGACGCCACUACACCGUCGCGCAGAUCAACAACCUCCCGCUUCCCGCCACGGCCAUCUUCAUUGCCGGUGCGCUCACAUACGCGUGGCUUUCGGACGGCGUGCUCCGCGGCAGGCGUUGGCCGUUCAUCUACGCCGGUGUGAUCAUCGCCAUCCCCAUCGCCGUCGCCCUGCGCGUCAUCCCGCUGUACGACAACAUCAAGGCCCACUUUGCUCUGUACUGGAUUUCCAACGUGGGGCAGGGUGCCGGACCGCUCAUCAUGACCUGGAUCAACGAGAUCUGCUCCAACGACUCGGAGAAGCGCUCGCUCCUCGUCGCCAUGGGCAACGACCUCGCGUACGUCGUCCAGGCGGUCGGUCCGCUCUUCUACUGGAAGACGACCGACUUCCCCGCCGCGCGCAAGGGUUGGACAGCCGUCAUCAUCUACCAGGUCCUCCUGGCCAUCUGGACGACGCUCAUCCUCUUCCUCCUCCGCCGCGACAGGCUCAAGGCGGAGCGCGACGGCACUGCUGAGCGGCACGUGACUGACGCCGAAGCGAUCGGCGAGGACGACAAGGACGUCAAGUCGCAGGAGCCUUAUGAAAAGUAG